CCACACAUCUCUCUCUCUCUCUCCCAUCUCGUUUCAUCCUUUCUCUGCACUGCGUCGCUGCUCUCUCUCUCUCUCUCCCAUUUCGUCUUUCCUUUCUCUGCUCUGCGCAGCUGCUCCAGCCACUCCCCGUCCGCAAGCAGCGUCAUGCCCUGCGACGAAGACGAGAGCAAGGCGGAGUUGCAACCAUGGCGACGGGGGAGUUGCGACGGCAGCGCCCGGUGCUACAACCGUGACGGCAUAAGCUGCAUCCACCUGCCCCCCGCUGCUCCGGCGAGCACCACACCCACCUGCGCCGUGCUGCUCCGGCGAGCGGCCGCAUCCACCUCCCACCGCGUUGCUCCAGCGAGCAGCCGCAUCCACCUCCCACCGCGCUGCUACGGCGAGUGCCUCGCCUCCACCUGCCCCCAUUUUGCUCCGGUGAGCGACGCGCCUCCACCUGUGCUGGAAUGGCGGCUGCACCAUGGACUAGCGGACGAGAUGCUGGAAACAGCCCUGGCGGGAGCUGCAGUCGGCGACAUUUUUUGCUACAUCUGGUUACUAUUUUUGCUGGAAUCAACAACAUUUUUUUUGCUACGAUCCACAUUUAGAGUGCUUUUUGCAACCGCUCCCAAAUUUUGCUACCAUGGUUUUGUUUUUUGCUACAACCGUUGCAUCCCCUGUCUUUUGAUUUUUUUGCUAGAUCCAUCUAUAUGCUGGAACAAUUCCAAGUUUUGCUACCACGGUUCUUUAUUUUUGCUACUGCCGUCUUAGUUUUUGCUAUCAUCCCUGUUUUUGAUUUUUAUUUUUUUUUGCUGGAUCCAUCCUUUUGCUGGAACCACUCUAUUUUUUGCUACCACGGUCUUUGAAUUUUGCUACCACCGUCUUUAUUUUUUGCUACAACCUUAUUUUUGAUUUGUUUUGUUGGAUCCAUCUUUUUGCUGGAAUCACUCCCAAAUUUUGCUACCAUCGUUUUGUUUUUUGUUUCCACUGUCUUUGAUUUGUGCUACUACCCGUCUUUUUGAUUUUUUGCUGGAUCUAUAAUAUUGCUUGAAGGGAUUGAACCAGCUAUUUAUUCUGUGGAAACCAGCUAUUUCGACAGGAGGGUGGGGCAGCACCGGCGAGGGGCGCGCGGGAGGCUACUGUUGACGGCAAGGGCGUGGGGCGCGUGCUGCACGACGACGGCGAGGCAAGCCAGAGGGAAACUUCGAUCUGCCAGUGGGAGGGGCGCGGCCUUGCCCGAUGCGAGCGGGCGGCUUUUCUUUUGUUUCCUGUGGCGAAGGAAGAAAACAUUGCGGGAUCUGAUCAAGCGGCUGUGGAUGCAUGUAUCGGGCGGCUAGGGGCCGACCGGCCGAAAGGUUUCGGCCGGCGCGCCGGCGCUUAGUGGUCGCCUUACAUGAUCUGUUUGGUUGAAGCGGAUUGGUUCCGUCUUUGGAAACCAGCCGGAGCUGGUACGGGCGAUGUAAUCGGAAAUCGCGAACCAAAGACGUCUAGAUGGAGUAAGUUCCUGACGGACACGGACGGACCAGGUCGCCAUAUAAUCAGAUCUAGACGUUUCUUCUUUCUCCCCCCAAAAAGAGAUCGUUAUCCAGAGUGCCAGACGCGCUCCGCAGCAGACAUCGAAGAACCCUACUUCAUGGCCACGACGCAGCAGCAGCCGUGGUUGGUACAAUUCAACGGGACAAGCAAACCCAUCUUCGUCGCGCCGUUCGACGGAUGUCGCCGCUGGGACGAGGCGCCGGACAUGCCGGUGUUGCAAGGAAAACGAUGCCUCGGCCGGGACGGAGACUGGUCGCUCAUGCUCGACAACCGCACCAACGAGUGCUCCCUCGUGAACUUCGCUGAUACGUCGUCGGAACCCAUCGUGAUCGCUCUCCCGCCGUUGCCUGACGAGCCAAAGCUGCAUCUACAGUUCGGCUGCGCGCUCUCGGGGCAAACCCCGCCCGACUGCACCGUCCUGCUCGACUUCGUCGGGGAGACGUUCCUCCUCCACUGCCGCCCCGGUGACCCCGAGUGGUCCCGUCUUCCUGUGGAGCUCGUCGAUGAGAAUGAUUGGUUCGACGGCCCUAUAACCCGUGGCUACCAGGGGAAGAUGUACGCGACGACCAUGUUAUCCUUUGUGGCCGUGGACGCAUCCAACUUGGCGCCGGUGGUCGAGAGGGCGGACAUGACGCCCCCACCCCCGUGCCCAGUCCAUACUGCGUACAAGUGCUACCCGGUGCCGUGUCCCGAUGGCGAGCUCUUCUCGGUGCGCUGCUGCAUCUUUGGGUGCCCGCAGGCCGUGGUGGAUGUGAAGGUUUUUCGAUGGAACGAUGAAGAAAAUGCGUGGGAGACUGUCGAAACCAUCGGGGACAAAACGUUCUUUGUAGGCAGGUUUAAUUUUGUGGUCCCGUCAGCGGCUGAAGCAGGAACCCAACCUAACUGCAUCCAUGUGCUGCGUGAAGUUUGCGGUGAAUUUGGAAUCUACACCGUGUCUCUGGAUGAUGCGACCAUUUGGCUCAGUAUAGUCGAGGGAUGCGACGAUGAUGACGAUGAUGGUGAGGACCAGGUUUUCUGGGCUCUUCCCACUAGCUUUGGUCUGGAAGCAGCACGAACUAUCCAAACUUCUGAUAAUGUCUCCAACGAAGUGACGCAUACAAGAAUUGAACAUUGCUGCGGAGAGCAAGAAAAAGAAGACAUGACGAUGAGCACUGUGAGGCGGUGGUGUGAUCUCCAUACUGACUUGUUGCAGUUACUAGUACCUAAGAUUUCAUUCAUCGAUUUACAACACCUGAAAGCUGUCUGCAAGCAGUGGAACUCCAUUAAGAGCCCGAUCCAGCAUGCAAAAGUGUCGCCAUUGCUGAUGACAACUCGGCCAGCAAGAAGGACCAAGGAGGACCUUAUCGAGAUCUUCGAUCCAGUCGGCGAGAAGAAGUAUAGUAUCAGGGUAAAUAUCCCUACUUCGGGUCUCAAAUCUCAAGGGUCGCAGUUACUGCAUUUCACAAAGAACGGUUGGGUCAUCGUGUCGAGAGGCGGCGACCGCAUGUUCUUCCUAGUGAAUCCGUUUAAGAACUACCCUAAUGGUGGCCAUGUGAUCGCUCUUCCACCUUUGGAUGUCACUGGUCUCAAAGGAUUGUCCUUUUCUUCGGUGCCGGGUUCUCCGGAUUUUGUGGUUCUUGCCGCAGGAUCCACCCCAAGCAGCAAAGUUGUCAUGAUAAAGACAUGGCGAAUGGGAGAUGAAGAGUGGAAGGAAGAAUUCCUAAGCGACGAUGACGCGCCGUUCUUCAUGGCAUCACACAGCCCUGUCUUCCUAGACGGAGUAUUCUAUUUUCUAGACAUCAAUGGAAGGCUUGGAGUCAUAGACCCGAACGAGGACGAGAUGGAGUUUAGCGUCCUGAAAAAGCCGGAUCAACCGAUACGUGGGAGCGCUGACGUGCAUCUUGAGGAAUGGGACUACAACUAUCUGGUGGAGUGGAAGGGGGAGCUAAUCGCCAUUUUCAGGGAGAAUGGUGAUGCAUCAGUCCGAAUGUUCAAGCUAGAAAGGUCUCAGAUGGUUUGGUCGGAGUUGCAAGAGAUGGAGGACGCGGCCGUGUUCUGGGAUAGGAGCAAUGCUCUGAUUGUCGUGUCACCCCCCGAAGAAGAUUUGUGCAACAAGAUGUUCCUACCAAACUAUAAUGAGACCAAUGGCGGUGGCAGGCUGCACACGUUCUACUCAUUUCGGGAGCAAUGCUAUUGCCCUUCCUUCUGUGCCAAGGAGCCCAUGAAUGCCAUAUGGUUCCAGCUAGACUUGGACGUACUUACGGCGACUGAUCAGUAGUGCAUGCUAUUUCCCAUUUGACCGAAGAUCCUAGACAAGUGUUCUUGGAAAUUCCAUUGUAGGUAGCCAAGGAAGAAGCACUGCAUAGGGCCUAAACAUUUUUGUCGUGAAACAACUAAAAAGUAUCUUGGGAUGUUUAAAAUUUGAUUUAAUUCCAUAUAUGCCAUUGGGAUUUUGCUCGUA